GUUAUUUAAAUUAUUUUUUAAUAAUCUACCUGAAUGUAUAGAAAUUAAAUAUUUUUAUUAUUUUAAAAAUAUAUAACAGAAUGCUUUUUAAGAUAAUGUUUUGAAAGGAAGAUUUUUUUUAAUAUCAAAAUUAGUUUUUGUGAAUUUUGAUUUUUAUGAAAUCACAUUAUAUAUUAAAUAUGUACAUAGUAAAUUUGUUUUAAAAUUUUAGACAUGUUUUCUAUUUAUGAUAUAUAUGUUAUUUGGAAAAAUAAAAAUUCAAUUAAAUUAAAAUAUAGUUGACAGCAAUUAAUAAAUAAAUGGUUUAAUAAUGAAAAUUAUUAUAUAGAUUAUUUUUAAUUUUUACGAGUAACUAUGUAACUGAAUAUUGUAAGAAUAAAUAUAAACACGACACGCAAAAAAAACUGACUUCUAAAAUAAUAUUAUAGAGAUAAUAUUCAGCGUUUUCAACCCAAAAAUAAAAAGUUGUGCAUACAGAAAGUACAACCUUAAGGUUGGGCGUUUUAGAAUAUCAUCAAGUUUGGCUCAUCUUUACUUAAACAACCAAUUUCUUCUUCUAGAUAGUCCUCUCUAUUGAUCAAGAACUCUGGUGCGUCCUGCAACAUAAAUCCUUCAACAAAUUUUCUCUUGACAAUCAUUUCACUUACUAGAGUUUCAAGGAUUUUUUUGUUGCGAAAGAGAAAGCAUUGAGGUUUGGAAAUGCUGUGGAAGAGCACAAUGUAAAAAAGAAGAUUUAAUAGUUUCUUCCAGCUUUGUAACAAAACUGUAAUCGUCAAUCUACAAAUGUGAUGGAAGGAAAGUAUUCAUUGCCAAUUCACUAUUGUAAUAUCGAAAAGCCGUUUUUUUAUAUAAAGAAGCAACAACACACAAAAAAAAGCCUCUCUGGAUCAAACAUCACUCCAAAGCUUCAAAAAAGAAACAAACAAUCUCUGACUCUGUCUCCACCUACAAGUUUCAAACAACAUCUGCCCAAAAUAUGUCACAAACACUCAAAAGAGCUCUUGGAAUGAAUCUCUCUUGCAUCAUCAUCAUCCUCCCUCUGGAAGUAUCAAAACUGAAAUCAGCUCAAGUGUGUGUUUUGCAGAGGGUUUUCAAUAAGCAUAGUUUUUCACUCUCACUCAGUAUUAACCUUUUCUUUUCUUUCUCCAUGCUAGUUGUACAAUUACAACAAUAUAAUAACAAAAGAAAAGGCUAAGGCUUUUCAAACCCAUUAAAGCCCAGAACCUUGAGAAUCAUCUUUCUCAUCACUCUCUUGCUGAUGAUGAUGUUCAUGUGAUGGGUUAUGAUGAAGAGUAUGGUGAAGAACUCUAUCCUGAGCUUGAACCUGAGCUUGAGUCAUCUGCUGAUAAAUCUGUGUAAAUGAAUUUUGAUUAAAAAACUCCAACAUUAUCUUCCUGAGCAAACCCUAACUCAAGUCCAGGCAUCUGAUUGUUAUUACCACCCAAAAUGGAUACAAAACUCAUACCUCCAGGAAAAUCAAACCCACCAGCUCCAAACCCAGCUACAUUUGUCCAUAACCCACAUGGUACAUUUGACCUAGAAGCUUCUCUCCUCCUCAUUCUCCGCCGCCAACUCCCCAAUUUGGUCUACCACUAUUAGACCCACCACCACUCUCUAACUUAUAACUGAUCAUUAAACCAGCAGUGCGAGACCCACCUUGAUGAUGAUGAUGAUGGUUAGACACAGUAGUAGCUGUUGGAUAAUUCCAAGCUCGUGGGAACUUAACAUAUUAUUAGAUAUUUAAUAUGUUAAGAUAAACACAAUAAGGAAAUCUAAAAAUAGAAAAAUGAAGUUUUCAAUUUAGGUUAGAUUUGUGUUUUCCAUAUCCCACAUGUUAAGGGGAAAUUGAUUUCAUAUAAAUGUACGUCUCAUGAGAGUUGUUCCAUAAGAUCGAAGGUAGAAACAUCGAGAGCUUUAGCUUUGAGAAAUUUCUAAAGCUAAUAAUAAAAGUUGUUCUUAUAAUUCUUGUGUUUCUUAAGAUUUGAAUUGGUAUCAGAGGCAGGUUUUGAUCAUGGGACAUGUGGGUUAUGGGCCCACCACGAUUCCGCUGGAUUUAAUAAAGCUUUGUAUAACACAUAAACACAUAUUGCAGGUAUAUGAAACUUGACGUAACCCAUAUAAAGCCUUGUGUAACACAUAAACUUGAUCCUCUUCACCUUUCUUCUCAGAACCAGUCGGUCUAUCUACAAGCUCUCAUAUCUUGGUUCUUGUGAUAGAUUUCAACUCGUCUGCCAUAACUUCAAUCCAAUUUUCUUCACAAAAUAGAUUAAAAUCAUCUGAGGCAAACUCUCAUCCUCUAUAUGUGCAUCCUAUAUUGAACUCAGCUAAGUUCAAUAUAAGUUGCACCUGUAAACGAGAAGAGGUUGCCUCAGCGAAGUUCAAUAUAGGAUGCACGGAUAAAGGAGGAGAGUUUGCCUCAUAUGAGUUUAACCUAUUUUGUGAAGAAAAUUAGGUUGAACCUAUGGCAGACUAGUUGAAAUCUAUCACAAGGAACAGGAUAUGAGAGAUUGUAAAUAGACCGAUUGGUUCUGAAAAUAAAAUGAUUGUUAAACUUGGACCAAAUUUGAAACAUAUAAAAUUAAGAUUUAAUUUUGUAAGAAAAUAAAAUGAAAAUAUAAUUUCUUAUCAGUUACAUCAAAUUUAUAUUUUUAUAUUCUUACAAAUUUAAAUAUUGAUUUUAUCCCCACCAUUUUUAGAAUUUGAUCCGUGCAUCGCCCAUUAUUUUAAAGUAGUAAUAAAACAUACUCCAAAUUUUAAGAUCAAAAUUUAUCAUAAUGUAUAAUAAAUUAUUUUAUUUACAUGGUAAGUUGGUAUAUGAUCGAAGCUUAAGAGGCAAUAGAUUGUUGUUUAAUGAUUUUGUUCAUUAUUAGCGCCGUGAUAAAAACAUUAAAAUCCAACCAUCUAUACAGCAUCACUUUCAAAUUAAUACUAUUUUUAGUUUUGAUUAAAGAUGACACUAUAUGAUCGAAACUUAAAAAGGAAAUAGAUUGUCGUUUAAUGAUUUUGUUCAUUAUUAUCGCCGCAAUAACCAUAAUUAAAUCUAACCAUGAUUUCACUAUUUGAUCAGAAUGAAGGGAAAAAAUAUAUAUAAGUAAUAAAUUAUUGUUUAUUGAUUACGUCUAUUAUUAGCUCCGCAAUAAAUAAUUAAAGUAAUUUCAAAAAUAAGAUUUAUAAGUUCUUUUUCUUUUGUUAGUUUGCAUGAGAUAUAAUUCCUGGAUUACAUACCUUUUAAGUACCUUACAAACAAUACAAAAAAUGAUUUAUUGACUUUUGUUUUAACCUCAUUAGAAGGAAAAUCCAUAAUUCUAAAAAUAAAAGAUAUCUUCCCAUUUAUUCCACAAAGAGAGUGGUACAAUGGUAAAAUGGACACAAGAAUAGCUUAUAAAAAAAGGCAUAAGACAUGACACAAACAUACAUACUCCCCAUCUUCACCUCUUGAGACCAAACUGAAACAAACGAGAAGGUAAUAUACAUUUCUUACUUCUGUUUGUUUUUUUACAUUUUCUUUCAUUAGAUUGUAAUUCAUAUUGGCUGGACCUCUGAUUAUGAUCAUAAUGUGAGAUCCCGGUAAGCUUUUUAAUGAGAGAUGAUCCCCAGUAUAAAACAGUCUUCACUGUUGUGUGGAAGACAGAUUUGAGCCUUGAGAUUUAGUCCUUAAGGAAAAGGUUUUAAAUUUGAUUUUCAUGGUUGAGUGUUGUUUCUGGUAAAUGUUGACAUCAUUUUAGCAGAAAAAAUGCCGAAGGUGCCAAGCAACAGGACCAGAGUGUCACCAUACCCGCUUCGCUCUACAAGGACUCAGAAAGAACCUAUCAAGGCACAAGGCCCAAGCCAGUGGGAGGAUGUCUUGUGUGUGAUCUGCCAGGAAGCGCCACACAAUGCCAUCCUCAUGCGGUGCUCUUCAUCCUCCACUGGAUGUCGUGCUUACAUGUGCGACACAAGUGUUCGUCACGCCAACUGUUUCAAGCAGUACCGAAAGAAAAACAUGAACCGUGUAACCAAGGUCAUGAACUGUCCUUACUGCAGAGGAGAGGUUUAUGAGGCGAUGAAGGUGCAGUCGGAUGGAAGGAGAGAUCUGAAUGCUAAACCGAAGUCUUGCGCUUUCGAGAACUGCAAUUUCUCUGGGACAUAUUCUCAGCUUAAGAAUCACUUGAAAGCUGAUCAUCCCAGUUACACCCGACCCUUGGUCGACCAGGGGAGAGAGCAGGCGUGGGAACAGAUGCAGAGAGCAACUGAGAACAAUGAUAUUAGUACUGCAGCUGGUCUCCCGCAUAGUGGCUUGGAGGUUUUGCAUCAACAGCUUCCGGAUGUUCCUCCUCGUUUUAUGAUUAUGCUCUGGGGUUCUUAAUUUGUUUAGCGUUUUUUUGU